AGUUGGUCCCUUUGUGUGCCUGAAAUAGAAAGAGAGAGAGAGAGAGAGAGAGUAUAGUUAAAGUACUCACACAACGUAGAUAAAUACUGAAAAAAAAAUAAAUAAAAUAAAUAAAUAAAUAAAUAAAUAAGUAAAUAAAAGUGUACAUGAACUUAGAAAAAAUACAAAGAUACACACACACGCAUGCACAUGUACAAACUAACUAUAAACUAGCCAAGAAAAUAGUGUGUGCGUAUCUCUGAAAAAUAAAUAAAAAAGAAAUAUAAGAAAAGAAAAUUGUCACUGUACAUUUGUGUGUGUGUGUGUGUGUGUGUGUGUGUGUGUGUGUAGAGGAAGACAGCUUAGUGAAGAUACUCAAGAUAAGACAAGAAAAUGGGAUCUUUGUGGAUGGACAAAGGCACAGUGACCUUCGAGGAGAAAUGGCCCACCAUGCGCCCUACAGUUCUCAAGUUGCUGCGGCAGGAGUGUGUGAGCCGGUCGGAGUGGCAGGACCUGUUCUGGGCCGUCCACAAGGUGUGUCUGUGGGACGAAAAGGGGCCGCCCAAGGUACAGAAGGCCCUGCAGGAUGACAUCUUGGACUUCAUCUCCCAUGCACAGGCGAGAGUCCUGGACCAGCACGAGAACCAGGCGCUGCUGAAGGCGUACAUCACUGAGUGGCGAAAGUUCUUCCAGCAGUGUAGCUACCUGCCUCUGCCCUUCAACCAGCUAGAGUCCGCCCUGGCAGGCAAAACCACCACCUCUGUGUCUAAGAAGGUGCAGAACGACGACGCCAUUGUGAGGAAGUUGAUGUUGGACAGCUGGAACGCGUCAAUCUUCAGUAACAUCAAGCAGCGUCUCCAGGACUCAGCGAUGAAGUUGGUGCAUGCGGAAAGGAACGGAGAGGCUUUCGAUUCCCAGCUUGUCAUUGGUGUCAGGGAGUCUUACGUCAACCUGUCAUCAAACUCAGGCGACAAACUGCAAAUCUAUACUGAGAAUUUUGAGAAGGCGUACAUAGAAGCAACUAAGGCAUUCUACCGCGUCAAGGCACCACAGUAUCUUGAAGCAAACGGCGUGCAAAACUACAUGAAGUACGCAGAGAUGAAGCUGAGGGAGGAGGAGCAGAGGGGGGAGAAGUACCUGGAGUCCUUCAGUGGCUCCCUGCAGAACCUAAACGAGUGUUGCGUGGAGGUUCUGGUCACCACCUUUCGGGACACUAUCCUUGCCGAGUGUCCGCAGAUGAUCAAGAAUAACGAGACAGACAAGUUGAAGUUGAUGUUUAAGUUGAUGAGCCGCGUGCCAGACGGGAUCCAGCCAAUGCUUGAUGCCAUGGAGGAGCACAUUGUGUCGGCCGGCCUGGCGGACAUGGUGGCUGCUGCAGACACCAUAACUCAGGACUCAGAGCAGUACGUGGAGAAACUGCUUGACCUGUUCCAGCGCUUCAGUCGUCUGGUGAGCGAGGCGUUUGACGAAGACCCUCACUUCCUCACGGCCAGGGACAAGGCGUACAAACAGGUGGUCAACGAUACUCAGGUCUUUAAGUUGGAGCUGCCCAGUAAGACGAAAGGAAUAGGCAACAAGACUCAGCCAGAAUCCAAGUGUCCUGAGCUGCUGGCCAACUAUUGUGACAUGCUGCUGAGGAAAACGCCACUCAGCAAGAAAUUGACUGCGGAUGAAAUUGAGAGCAAGUUGAAAGAUGUGCUUCUGGUCCUGAAGUACGUGAGCAACAAGGAUGUGUUCAUGAGGUACCACAAGGCCCACCUCACGCGUCGCCUCAUCCUGGACACCUCAGCCGACUCGGAGAAGGAGGAGAACAUGGUGGAAUGGCUGCGAGAGGUGGGCAUGCCAGCAGAUUACGUGAACAAGCUGGCGCGAAUGUUUCAGGAUAUCAAAGUGUCAGAGGACCUCAACCAGCAGUUUAAGGAGACCAUUCGCACCACUACCAAGUCCAGUGUGGCAGACAACCUCAAUAUCAAGAUCCUCAAUGCUGGAGCGUGGGCGAGGGGCAGUGACAGGGUGGCCGUCAGUCUACCAAUGGAGCUUGAGGACUUCAUUCCAGAGGUGGAGGACUUCUACCGCAAGAAACACUCUGGCAGAAAACUCCAGUGGCACCAUCAUAUGUCCAACGGCACGAUCACCUUUACAAACAACGUGGGGCGGUUUGACUUGGAUGUCACCACCUUUCAAAUGGCCGUCAUGUUUGCGUGGAACCAGCGGCCCCACGACAAGAUAUCCUUCGACAACCUGCGUCUUGCCACUGAGCUGCCAGACCCGGAGCUGAGGCGUACGCUGUGGUCGCUGGUGGCCUUCCCCAAGAUGAAGCGACAGGUCCUCAGCAUGUCAGUGGAGGUCACGUCGCCUAAAGAGUUCACCGAAAAUACUCUCUUUUGGGUCAACCAGGAAUUUGCCCCUAUCAAGAAUGGAAAGCCACAGAAGAGAGGAAAAGUCAACCUGAUUGGACGCCUGCAGCUUAGCACAGAGAAGAGCAAGGAGGAGGACAAUGAGGGCAUCGUGCAGCUUAGGAUACUGCGGACUCAGGAGGCGAUAGUGAAGAUCCUGAAGAUGCGUAAAAGGAUUUCCAACGCUCAGCUGCAGACAGAGUUGGUGGAGAUGCUGAAGAAUAUGUUCCUCCCCAGCAAGAAGUUAAUUAAGGAGCAGUUAGAGUGGCUCAUUGAACACAAAUACAUGAAGAGAGACGACGAGAACAUCAACGUCUUCAUCUACCUGGCCUAGCGCGUCGACGGGUGCCGGCCUGGUGGUGGUGUUGUUGGUGGUGUCGUUAUUGAUGAUUCUGUCUACUCUUUUCUCUUCUCUCCCAUUCUUUCUUCCCCACCUACUGCUUCUUAUCUCCCUGUUUUUCACUCGUUUCUUAUUCUGCUGUGUCAAAGGGAGUGUUGUUGAUGGCAUCGUUAUUGAUGAUUCUGUCGAUUCUCUUUUAUCAUAUUUUCUCUUUCUUGUUUCUCUUUAUUUUUGGCUUCCUGUUGUUCACUUUGUUUAUCUUUCACUUCCUGUCUCCCACUCUGUUGUCUUUUAUUCUGUUGCGUCAGAGGGAGUAUUAUUGGCGGCGUUGUUAUUGAUGCUUCUGUCUCUUUUCUCCUGUCUUCUCUUUCCUGUCUUCCUCAUUAUUUUGCCUUCCCUAUCUCUCAUUUUGUUGCAUUGAAGAGUGCUUUGUUGAUGCAACUGUCCCACCUUUCUCCUUUCUCUUUCCUCCUGUCUUCCUCUUUACCACCUUUUAUUCUUUUCUCUCCUUUCCUCCAUCUCUCCCUCUGUGCAUCAAGUGACCUAUCAUUCGUGCCACUUACUAAUGCUCCUUUUCUUCUUCCCUACCUCUUCUUUCUGCCCUCCCUCUUUAUCACCUCAUUUUCCGUUCCUUUGCGUCAAGUGGGCCAUCAUUCACGCCAUCGUCAAUAGUGAUGCUCUGUCCCACUCCUCUCCUCUUCUCUCUUUCCUUCCUUAGCUUUUCUAUCUCAAUUUUCCAUUCUUGUCAUCUUUAGCUUGUGUUUAUAUUCAAGAGGAGGUUGUGUAGCUUAGUUCCUUCCUUUCCUUCUUUCCUUCCUUCCUCCUCCUCCUCUGCCUUCUCUUCCUCUUCUCCUCCAGUGUAAAUACUCCUCAGAGGUGACCUGUUGACCUCUUUAUAAAUAGUAGUUGUUAAGGUUCUCUUCUAAAUCUCUUCCUUUUUGUCCAGACUCAUAAUUCUUUCCGUGUGUGUGUGUGUGUGUGUGUGUGUGUGUGUGUGUGUGUGUGUGUGUGUGUGUGUGCCUGCGUGUGUGAAAAAGUAAGAAAGAUUUUAUGAUUUAGUUUCAACCGACUGACUUAAUGAUUGCUAGGAACUCUCUCUCUCUCUCUCUCUCUCUCUCUCUCUCUCUCUCUCUCUCUCUCUCUCUCUCUCUCUCUCUCUCUCUCUCUCUCUCUCUCUCUCUCUCUCUCUCUCUCUCUCUCUCUCUCUCUCUCUCUCUCUCUCUCUCUCUCUCUCUCUCUUGCUCUCUUUAACGGGAUUUACAUAAUUCUAAGUAUGAGAUACACACACUCACUUCUGAGUGUGUGUGUGUUUGUGUACAUAAACAAAUGAUGGAGAGAUGGGUGGUGAUGGUGGUGAUAGUAGUGGUGGUGGUGGUGGCAAGCAAAUGAUACCUCCUCCUCUUCCUCUUCAUCUUCUUCCUCCUGUUCUUUUUCUUCUUCCUCCUCUUCCUACAAGUUUUCAUAUCAUUUUUAAUCAGUUUGGUGUAGGAAUGUGUGUGUGUGUGUGUGUGUGUGUGUGUGUGUGUGUGUGUGUGUGUGUGUGCAUCAGUCAGUAACUCAUAUGCAAGUCAGUCAGUCAGUCAGUCAGUCAUUCAGUUACUUAGUCAGUCAAUCAGUGAAUGUUUGACUGACAAAUUCUGCUCUUUACCUCUCCCUCCCCCUCUCCUCCCUCUCCCUGUCUCUCUCUCUCUCUCUCUCUCUCUCUCUCUCUCUCUCUCUCUCUCUCUCUCUCUCUCUCUCUCUCUCUCUCUCUCUCUCUCUCUCUCUCUCUCAGUGCAGCUUGUCCACCUCUCCACUGCCUGCCAUCCACCCAUCCACCUCUCCACCCUUGUAAAUAUUGUCAAGCAUUGCAUUAACUAACCUCAGAACAGAGAAGAAAACAAAGUCCUAACAAAAAUAUAAAUUGGUUGAGUUGAGUAAUCUUGCCGAACGUCCAAAAUGGCAUGGAGGGAACGAUGAUAAUUUUAGGUAGAGAGAAAAAAUAACUAGAGAAUGUGAAGAUUUUUGCUGCUGUGACCAAGACAGACGGACAGAUAGACAGAUAGAUAGACAGACACAUUGGUUUUUACUCGUGUGUUUUGUGGCUGUUUGAAUGAACAAGUUAGGCUGGUGGACUAUUACUACUAUUACUACUACUACUACCACUACUAUAUCAUCACUCAUUAUUUUCUGUCUUAUUCUUCCUAUUAAUUUAUUUUUUUCCUUCUGUUUCUCAUCUCUCAUUAUCCUUACCACUAACAUUUCUAUUUCUCAUCUUACUCCCAUCCAUCUCACUUAACACUCACUCUCUUCCUCUCUCCAAUAUUCCUUCAUUACUCCCCCACCAUCUGUCCAAAUAACUAUUGCUACAUAUUCUUCCUUCUCUCUUGUCCACUUUCCUAUUCCUUACUCCACCUACUCCUCCACACUGCCUCACCAUCCCCACCUUUAUCUAUGCACUCCUCAACCACUGCUGGGACUGUAUUCUCAAGUGUUUAGUGUCUUAUGGCUGUGUUCACCAGGCUCUAGUGGUUGUCAUGGGGGUCUUCAAGAGUGUGUUCAUGAUUCCACUGGUAUUUUAAAGAGCUGCAUUGAUCAAUAAGUUUUGUGGGUUUUCAGGAGUUUUGAUUCCAUUGAUGUUUUAAAGAGCUGUAUUGAAAGUUUUGUGGGUUUUCAGGAGUUUUGAUGAUUCCACUGAUAUUUUAAAGAGCUGUAUUGAAAGUCUUGUGGGUUUUCAAGUGUGUUCAUGAUUCCAGUGACAUAAGUGAGUUGUGUCAUGGUUUUUUUUUUUUUUUUUUAGAUUUUCAAGGGUAUUUUUUUGUGAUUUUAGUAAUAGUUUAACCCUUUUGCCGAUACAGUUGUGCUUUUAACGUUGAGAGUACAGUGAGACAAGAAGUGAUCGGAUACAUAAAGAGAAAAGGAGAGACUACAAGAUUAAUGUUUAAAUAACUCCAUUAAGGGCUGCUGGUCAAUAUGGGAAUGUUUGUGUAGCAGUGAGUCAGUGGGAAUUCUUUGCCAUCAUCAGAAAAACACUCGUGAGAGCCUAACAUUAAAAGUUUGUAGCAAUGAGAGUUGAAUUUUGUGUCAUCAAUAUGGAAACACAGUCUUGAGAAACUAACAAAAAAACUUUGUAUAGCAGUGAGUGAACAAGAAUUCAGUGCCAUCAGUUGGGAGAAACACUCAUGAGAACCUUACAAUCUGACUAACCUGUGUCCUGUGUGAGUGUUUCUGACAAGAGAACAAAACAUUUCAGAAUACAGGCCUUGCUCCACCUCCCCUUCUCCUUUGCAUAGCAGUGCAGUGCAGUCAACAAUAAUUCUGUCAUCAGUUGGGAGAAACACUCAUGAGAACCUUACAGUCUAACCAGCUAUCACUGUGUCCUGUGCAAAUGUUCCUGAUGAGAGAACAAAACUUUUCAGAAUACAGGCCUUGCUCCACCUCCCUGCUCUCCUCCACAUCUUCCCCCUCAUCUCCCACCUCCACAUUUGUCUCGUCCAUCUCUCCACUCUGCCAGUUCUUUCUUGUAAGCUGUGAUGUUAUUUUAAAUAAAUAAAUAAACAUUCA